CACUCUUCUGGCUUUCUCUGUUUCUACCAGGAACUAGAGAGAGUUGGAUAAUAAUGAUAAAUAGAUAGAUACCAUUUCUCACUUUCCUCUUCUAAAUUUCUUUGGUGUUAUAUAUAUCAACCAGUGAGGCAUAAAGGGUAAGGUGUUUAGGGUUCUAUUGGCUGCAAGAUUGGAACUUUAGAAGACCCUUUUGUUUAUUUAUUAAGGGUGGACUCUCAAGAAUCAAAGUGAGAAUUGUAUUUGUGGCACCAAACAACCAACUGCUACUAUGUUAAGUCAUACUCUUUGGUUUUGAAUCUGGGAAGAAAGAGGGAAAAGAAGCUAUUGAAUUAUUGGGGGUUUCAUGUUGGUGGGAAAUACUAUUUAAUUUUUAGCAUUGGAGAUUCAUAUAUGAGUUGGGUUUGAGAUUGAGAUCGAUCUCUGUGGUGAGGAGGAGUAUGUUUUUGAAUAUUCCCAUAUGAUCUGUGGAAUGUUAGAAAGCAGAGAAAAUAGGUGGCAUUUGGGGCAUACUCAUCUGAAGAUGUCUUGGGUUCAGCAUAAAAUCUAUCAUAAGGAUGGUUAUUUGACAUACCCACCUCCUCUCUCCGCUUCAUAUCCACCGCCAUAUGCCAGUUCGUUUCACAGAGAAUCAACCUCUUCGUCAUCACCAGCAUCAUCUGGUAGGAGUCCUGCAGUUCUUUUCAUUAUAGUGAUCUUGGCUGUUCUGUUUUUCAUCUCUGGUCUUCUCCAUCUGCUUGUUAGAUUUCUCGUAAAGCACCCUUCGUCCUCGGGAUCUCAAUCUAAUAGAUAUCCAGAUAUGUCCAGGUCUGAUGCUCUACAAAGGCAGCUACAACAACUUUUCCAUCUCCAUGAUUCUGGUUUGGAUCAAGCUUUUAUAGAUGCUCUUCCUGUUUUCCAGUACAAAGAGAUAGUGGGUCUAAAGGAGCCUUUUGAUUGUGCUGUUUGUCUCUGUGAGUUUUCUGAGAAAGAUAAGCUGAGAUUGCUUCCUAUGUGUAGCCAUGCGUUUCAUAUAAAUUGUAUAGACACUUGGCUACUAUCAAAUUCAACAUGCCCUCUCUGUAGAGGAACUCUGUUCGCUCCUGGCUUCUCAAUGGAAAAUCCAAUGUUUGAUUUUGACGAUGUAAGAGAAGAUAAUGGAUGUUCUGGUCAUGGAGAAAAUGGAUUUACCCCUGGUCAGAAGACAGUGGAAAUGGAAGAAAUUGUUGUUGAGAAAGGGAUCUUGCCUGUCAGACUAGGCAAAUUCAAAAGGCUGAACAAUGGGGCAGCCGAGGCAGGAGGAGAGAGUAGCAGCAGUAAUUUGGAUGCAAGAAGGUGUUAUUCCAUGGGUUCAUAUCAGUAUGUGCUUGGUAAUUCAGAUCUUAGGGUUGCCUUGUCUAAUGAUCAACAUGGCUGUGAUAUUAAGCUUUCAAACGAUGUAGAGCAAAGUGGAAAGUCUUCAGCUGAGAGGGAUGGGGAAGGGAAGAAGAUUAGCAGUGUGACAAAAGGUGAGAGCUUCUCUGUUUCCAAGAUCUGGCUUUGGUCCAAGAAAGGGAAAUUUUCAAGCUCUUCAGAAAUCCAAAUUGGUAUGCCUCCUUCUGCAACCAUGGACUUACCAUGGAUGGGGAAAACACAAGACAAGUGAAAGGUAAUUUAUUUGGUGCUUUCUUGUUUGAUCAUUACCAUUUGAUCAAUGCUUGUCAUGCCUUUGCUGAGCUCUUCUCAAAAAUUUUUUGCGAAUGCCAAUUCAAGAGCUGAUAUGAUUGUUUGUGGCAUAUUGUUGAUGUCCAUGCCCUAUAUCUUUUUUUCUUUAAAACAUCUAGUGAACUUACUUACAAAGGCAUUCUUGUUGACUUGAAGGGAAUGAGAAAAUUGCAAUUCAUGUAGGUGAUGUAAUGUAGUUAAGAGACAUAAAUAUUUUAUUGACUAUUGCUCUCUUCUUGUUUGUUGCAACAAUAAACUAAUGAUAGCAUA